AUGGAGCACCCAGUGGAAGAAAUCCCAACGGUCAUUCGUCUUUUGACCCAGUCCACCCCUUCUCUGCAAGAAAAGGCCCUCGAUCGAUUCUUCACUCGCAAUGCUUCAUUCGUGCAUCCAUUUUGCCGUGUCCCUAGCUUCGAAGGGAGCCGAUGGUGGGUGCUAAAGAUCUUUCAGUGGUACAAGAUCAUGUCGCCUCGGAUCGAAAUGGAGAUUCACUCGAUUGCGUUCGACGAGAAAAGCCUGAAACUUUAUGUCCACAUGUCGCAGAUUUUCUCCAUCUGGGUCGUGCCAUUCCAUGUUGCACCAGUGACAUUGACAACCGUCCUGGAUCUCACCACUGACGCUUCCCAAAGCGAUGAACGAACGAAUGGCGAUCGUACGCUGUACUACAUUUCCAAGCAAGAGGAUCUUUACCAGAGCUCGGAGUUCGUCAAAUUCGUGAUCCCUCAUAUUGGAUAUUGGAUAAUAUUCACAUGGCACCUGAUCGCAACAAUUUUCUGCGUGUUGGGCGUGACACUCUUGUGGCCUAUGUUAUGGCUGGAAGAGAACGGCUAUUUGCCCAACAGGAUCUCGCACGGAGGAAAUUUGGUUUAUAACAUUGAGAACAAAAUUCCUGAGAUUAAGAAGGAAUGA